UAGUUGUACAUCAACAGUUAAAUAGAGGGACAUAGGUCUCUAGUCUCUACAGGACAUGUAUUUCAGUCGGUACAUAUCGCGCAAGCUUUCAUGUCUCACAAACUCACAUGUCUCACCAACAUUGGUCAAUUCAAAAAUCAAGGCAUUUGUUCAACAAGGGCUUUACAUAGAAGCCCUGCAGUCAUACUGUAGCUCCCCUCUUGACACUACCAAAUUCACCUUCCCUUCCCUCGUUAAGGCCUGUGCUUCCCUUCCGAAUCUUCACUAUGGGAAAAAUGUUCACGCUACAAUCAUCACCAUGGGGUUACAUUCUGAUUCUUAUAUCGCCACCUCGCUCAUUCAUUUGUACGUUAAAUGCGGGUCACUUGCAGAUGCACUUCAAGUAUUUGAUACAUUGCCUGAGAGGGAAGUCUUAACUCAAGAUGUAACUAUUUGGAACACAAUGAUUGAUGGGUAUUUCAGGUUUGGAUAUAUUGAGGAGGGUUUGGUACAAUUUGGUCGAAUGCUAUCACUGGGUAUGAGACCAGAUGCCUACUCACUAUGCAUCCUACUUGGUGCGAGUAAUGGGUUUUUGGUUUAUAAGGAAGGGAAGAAGAUUCAUGGUUACAUUGUUAGAAACAUAUUCAAAAGUGAUGCUUUCUUGGAGACUGCUCUAAUUUAUAUGUACUUUAACUGUGCUCGACCUGCAGAUGCAUGGCGUGCAUUCACAAUUUUGCAGGAUAAGAACAACAUUGUGCUGUGGAAUGUCGUGAUUGGCGGGUUUUGUGAGAAUGGAUUGUUCUGCCAUAGCUUGGAAUUGUAUUCUCUUGCAAAGAUUGAGGGCGUUAGAUUUGUGUCAACAUCAUUUUCUAGUAUUUUGAGUGCUUGUUAUGUAGGGAAAGAUGUGGUUUUUGGCAGGCAGGUCCAUUGUGAUGUGAUCAAAAUGGGUUUCGAAAGUGACCCCUAUGUUUGUACUUCUCUUCUAACCACGUAUGGCCAAUGCGAAUUUAUUGAAGACGCAAAGAAAGUUUUUCAUCAGGACUUGGAUAAAAAAAUUGAAUCAUGGAAUGCAAUGAUUUCAGCUAAUGUUGGUAACUGUUGCCCUCUUGACGCUCUGAAACUAUACAACGAAAUGAAGUCAAUUGGACUACAGCCUGAUACCUUCACCAUUUUGAAUAUACUAUCAUCAACCGUUAUGAAGGGGUCAUAUUAUUUUGGCAGGUUGGUUCAUGCAGAAAUGAGCAAGCGACCUCUACAGGGUAACAUGGCUGUACAGAGUGCAUUGUUGACUAUGUAUUCCAAGUGUGAGAGCAUUAACGAUGCUAUUUCAAUUUUCAAUAUGAUGAAAGAAAGGGAUGUCAUUGCAUGGGGCUCGAUGAUAUCUGGCUUCUGUCAAAGUUGCAAAUUUCAAGAGGCUUUGGAUUGUUUCAAAGCUAUGGAGGUGGAAGGGGUAAAACCAGAUUCUGAUAUCAUGGCAAGUAUUAUCAAUGCUUGUGCAGGGCUGGAAGAUGUAAAGUUGGGCUGUGGGAUCCAUGCUUUUGUUACUAAAAGUGGAUUGGAACUGGAUAUAUUUGUUGCUAGUUCCCUUGUUGAUAUGUAUUCAAAAUGUGGUUUCCCGGAAUUGGCUGGACAUCUAUUCUCUGCCAUGCCUCACAAAAAUCUUGUUGCUUGGAAUUCUAUGAUAUUGUGCUAUAGCCGGAAUGGCCUUCCAGAGUUUGCCAUUGAUCUUUUCCCUCAAAUUGUACAGAAUGGCUUGUAUCCAGACGCAGUCUCCUUUACAAGUGCCCUUGUUGCAGUUGCAUCCAUAGCAGCAUUGCUUAAAGGACGGGCUAUGCAUGCAUAUCUGAUUAGACUUAAUAUUCCUUCUGAUUUUCAAGUGGAGAGUGCAUUAAUUGACAUGUAUAUCAAAUGUGGAUGCCUGACAUAUGCACAGAACGUCUUUAGAAAUAUGUCUCGAAGAAACCUGGUGACAUGGAAUUCAAUGAUAGCUGGCUACGGAUAUCAUGGUGAAUGCAUCAUUGCAAUUAGGUUGUUUGAGGAGAUGAAAGAUUCGGGACUAGAUCCAGAUGAUGUAACUUUCCUUUCCCUGCUUUCGUCUUGCAACCAUGCUGGUUUAAUUGAGGAAGGUCUGAGUCUAUUUGAAUCAAUGCGAGGCAACUAUGGAAUUGAGCCAAGGAUGGAGCAUUAUGUGAACAUUAUUGAUCUCUUGGGCCGCGCUGGAUGGCUAAACGAAGCCUAUAAUCUUGUAAAGAGCAUGCCCAUUGAACCUGACAGAAGCAUUUGGCUUUGUUUGUUGAGUGCCUGCCGAGCCCAUCAUAAUGUGAAGCUUGGGGAGGUUGCAGCUAAUAAUCUACUGAAGAUGGAACCAAGCAGUGGAAGCAAUUACAUCCAAAUGUUGAAUCUUUAUGGAGAAACCGAGCUGCGGGACAAGUCAGCAAACUUACGAGUAGCAAUGAAGGAGAAAGGGUUGAAGAAAAGUCCUGGAUGCAGUUGGAUUGAACAUGGGAACAGGGUUGAUGUUUUCUUUUCCGGAGAUUCAUCAUCACCAAGAACAGGUGAGAUCUAUGAGACCCUGAAUGGUUUACGGAAAAACAUGGACAGAAAAGGAGAUAGAAGCACUGAAUGUGCUGAUGACUUGUGGGACACAAUUAUCAGAAUAUGAAUUGAACUGGAAAUUGUAACUGUCAAGUGUUGAAGUAAUACUUGAAGAUCACAAUAACUUAUCAGAGGAAUGUGUGUCAAUAAGCUGAAGAAUAGUAGUCAUCCUCAGCAAGGUUGUAUGAUGCGGAUUGAAAUAUCUCUGGUUUUAUUUUGGCAUUUUAGGAAAUCUGUUGUUUGUUAAACAAUUAGUAUUUUUUUUAGAAGUGAAAUGUCUUUUUUAAUUUUUAUCAAGAGUAAUUUUAUUUAUUUAUUGUUUAGUGUUUUCUAAUUAAGAGUGGUCUAGGAUUUAGUUUAGGGUUUAUUAUUUAAACUUGUAACCCUCAUUGAAGUAGAGGAGUUUUGGAUUCAAUAAAGGCUAG